AUGUCUACUGCUUUCUCAAAUAUUUACCAAUUACCUCCUGAUCCUUUAUUCGGUGUUGCUUCUCGUUGCAAAGCUGAUAAGAGAACCAAUAAAGUUGACUUGGUGUUGGGUGCUUAUAGAGAUAAUAAUGGUAAACCAUGGAUAUUGCCUUCUGUCAAAUCUGCCGAAGAAUCAAUCAAGUCAGAUCCCACUUACAACCACGAAUACUUGCCAAUUGAAGGUUUCAAAUCUCUUAAUUUAAACGCUGCUAAAAUUGCUCUCGGUGAAGAUUCAAUUGUCUUUGACCAAAACAGAAUCGUCUCUAUUCAAUCUCUCUCUGGUACCGGUGCUCUACAUUUAUCUGCUAAAUUCCUAUCUCAAUUUUAUACUGGAAAUGUUAAUAACGCAUCAAAAGAUUUAGUGAUAUCAAACAACAAUAGAGCUACUGUUUAUGUAUCAAAACCAACUUGGGCUAAUCAUAUUCAAAUUUUUGAAUCCUCUGGUUUUAACGUUGAUUUUUACAGGUACUGGGAUCCUUCAAAUAAAUCCUUAGAUUUCCAAAAUUAUUUGAACGAUAUUAAUAACGCACCAAAUGGUUCAAUCUUUGUUCUUCACUCUUGUGCCCAUAAUCCAACUGGUUUAGACCCAUCUCCUGAACAGUGGCUAGAAAUCUUAAACCACAUCAACUCAAAAAAUCAUUUUGUUAUCUUCGAUACUGCUUAUCAAGGCUUUGCAUCUGGUGACUUGGAAAGAGAUGCUUGGGCGCUAAGAAAAGGUAUUGAAAUCCUCAACACCCCCAUAAUAAUUUGCCAAUCUUUUGCUAAAAAUACUGGAAUGUAUGGUGAAAGAGUCGGUGUAGUUCAUUUAAUCUUGUCUGAAUCUGAAAAGGAUAACGAGUUUUUGAAAAAUUCAAUUGCUUCUCAAUUCAAAAAGAUAACAAGAUCAGAACUAUCAAAUCCUCCUGCUUACGGUGCUAAAAUCGUGUCUAAAAUAUUAUCCACUCCAAAAUUGCUAGACCAAUGGCAUGAUGACCUAAUAACAAUGUCCUCAAGAAUUACAGAAAUGAGAUUGAAACUAAGAAUCUAUUUGGAAAAACUGAAUACUCCUGGUACUUGGAAUCACAUCACUGAUCAAAUCGGUAUGUUCUCCUUUACAGGUUUAAACCCAAAACAGGUCGAAAGAUUAGCCUCUGAACAUGGCGUCUACUUGAUCUCAUCUGGUAGAAUUUCUAUUGCUGGUUUAAAUGACUCAAAUGUCGAAUAUGUUGCACAAUCAAUAGAUGAAACUGUUAAAUAUUAUCAAACUGAUAAUUAA